AUGGGGAACGGAGCCCCAGUUCUACGGACGCCAACAUCCAAGGAUGCAUUGUAUGCUGCUAUCUACAAAUACAAUGCAGGUUCCAGCGAGAUGAACCUAUUUAAGCUCUUGGGAGCCUCCUGCAUUGCAAUCAAGGUUGAUGCAGAUGAUGUAAUUACCAGGGAUGAACAGAUUUACUUGCUGCUGCAUGCUAAACGGAAGUGUGAACAGAAAUUGAAGUCCAAGAUGGAUAAAGCUGCUGAAGGGUACUGUGCUCCCCAGUGGGAUGGGAUCCUUUGCUGGCCAGAAGGACCACCAGGGAAAUUGGUGUCAAUGCAGUGCCCAGAUUAUAUAUAUGAUUUCAACCACCAAGGCCAUGCUUAUCGACAAUGUAAUGUGAAUGGGAGCUGGGAGCUUGUGCCAAGCAAUAACCGAACAUGGGCAAAUUACACAGAAUGUGCCAGGUACCUUGCACAUAUGAACCAGGUUGCAGAAAAGGACAUCUUUGAUCGUCUGUACCUCAUCUACACCGUGGGAUACUCUAUUUCCUUAUGCUCAUUAACUGUGGCAGUUAUUAUCCUGGGCUACUUCAGGCGCCUACACUGUACCAGGAACUACAUACACAUCCAUCUUUUUGUGUCUUUCAUGCUUCGAGCCAUUAGUAUUUUUGUGAAGGAUGCAGUACUGUACUCAGAGACAACAUUCUUAAAUCUGGAAAGCGUUGAUCUGGAGGAUCUGAAAUCUAUAACUGAUGCUCCUCCAUCCCAAGACAAGUCUCAGUAUAUUGGCUGCAAGGUGGCUGUCACCAUUUUCCUUUACUUCUUGGCUACUAAUUACUACUGGAUCCUGGUGGAAGGCCUCUAUCUCCAUAGCCUCAUCUUCAUGACUUUUUUCUCUGACAAAAAGUAUCUUUGGGGCUUCACCUUAAUAGGCUGGGGUGUUCCUGCUGUAUUUGUGGCAGCGUGGGCAAGUGUGAGAAUGACGCUGGCAGAUACACAGUGCUGGGAUUUAAGUGCUGGGAAUUUAAAGCUGAUUUAUCAACUACCCAUUCUGGCAGCAAUAUUGGUCAACUUCAUGCUUUUCAUCAACAUUAUUCGAGUUUUGGCCACAAAGCUGAGAGAGACCAACGCAGGAAGGUGUGAUACCCGUCAGCAGUAUCGGAAGCUACUGAAGUCGACUCUAGUGUUGACUCCGCUGUUUGGAGUUCACUAUAUUGUGUUCAUGGCUAUUCCUUACACGGAAGUGUCCGGCACGCUCUGGCAGAUCCAGAUGCAUUAUGAAAUGCUCUUUAAUUCCUCUCAGGGUUGCUUUGUGGCUGUCAUCUACUGUUUCUGUAAUGGAGAGGUCCAGAGUGAGAUUAAAAAGGCAUGGGCACGGUGGACAUUAGCACUUGACUUCAAACGCAAAGCCCGUGGAGGGAACACCAACUACAGCUAUGGACCAAUGGUGUCACACACCAACAACAGUAUCAGCACCAACCUGACCACCCGUGCUCCACAAGCUCUCCACCUCAACAGUCGACUGGGCAGUGGACUAUUGAAUGGGCAUCGGAACCUGCCAGGCUAUGUUAAAAAUGGCUCAGUCUCUGAGAACUCACCGCCCUCAUCUCUACCUGAGCAGAAUGGCAAGGAUGAUGAGCACAGCAGGAGUGUGGGGGCUUCAGAGUCCCACAAACCUUCGUUAGUUGUUGAGGAAGAGAGGGAGACAGUAAUGUGA